ACUCUACGCCACAGGGACAGGAGGCACUGGAUUUUUACAAGGGUUAUAUACACGCUUCUGCUGCGAGAGCUGAUCGAUUUAAUUAAGUGUCAAAGACAUCUUCUCUAAAAGGAAAAGCCUGUAAAAGAAAUGAACGCGCGGCGAGUUCAGUUUGUGUACUUUCUGGUGUUGAGUGCCGCUGUGCAGUAUGUGACGUCCUUGGAAGAAGAGCUCGCCGAUUCUAUUUUUGGUAACUUCCUCGACCCUCUGAAAGACAAGGAUGACAGCAAUCAAACUCUUGCCAAAUUCUCCCUCCGCAAACCAUCUCAACCCGAUGACGACCUGUGCUACAUUGUUCCUGGCAAACCCGACUCCCUGGCAGCCUGCACCUUCAACAGCACCUCCAAAACCUUCCUAAUAAUCCAUGGAUGGACGUUGAGCGGUAUGUUUGAAAGCUGGAUGGCUAAGCUGGUGUCAGCGCUAUAUGAACGGGAGCAGACGGCUAACGUCAUUGUGGUGGACUGGCUCACCUCGGCACAGAACCACUAUGUGGUGGCAGCUCACAACACCAAAGCAGUGGGACAGGAGAUCGCUCGCUUCAUUGACUGGAUUGAGGAAACCACCAACAUGCCUCUGGAGAACAUCCACCUGAUUGGCUACAGCCUCGGGGCUCAUGUGGCUGGAUUUGCUGGAAGCCAUGCAACAAAUAAAGUCGGAAGAAUAACUGGUUUGGACCCAGCUGGUCCUGACUUUGAGGGGGAGCACGCCCACAGGCGCCUCUCCCCUGAUGACGCCCACUUUGUGGACGUCCUCCACACUUUCACACGGGGCUCCCUUGGUCUCAGCAUCGGGAUCCAGCAGCCUGUUGGACAUGUAGACAUUUACCCCAAUGGAGGCAGCUUCCAGCCAGGCUGCAACCUCAGGGGAGCCCUGGAAAAGAUUGCCAACUUUGGGAUAUUUGCUAUCACUGAUGCAGUGAAGUGUGAACACGAGCGCUCAGUCCACCUGUUCAUCGACUCUCUGCUGAAUGAGCAGAAAGCAGCCAAAGCCUACCGAUGCGGCAGCAACGACAUGUUUAACCGCGGCAUGUGUCUCAGUUGCCGCAAAAGCCGCUGCAACACAGUGGGCUACGACAUCAGCAAGGUCCGCAAGGCACGCAACGUUCAGAUGUACACAAAGACGCGCGCCUCCAUGCCUUUUAGAGUGUACCACUAUCAGCUGAAGAUCCACUUCUCCAGUAAGGUGAAUCGUUCAGAGAUGGAGCCUUCACUCACUGUCUCACUGUACGGAACAAAAGGGGAGGCUGAAAACCUGGAGCUUAAACUAAAGGAGAAAAUAUCGACAAACAAGACUCACUCAUUUCUGCUAGUGAUGGAGACGGAUAUCGGAGAUCUCUUGAUGUUGAAGUUUAAAUGGGAGGAGACAAACAGUUGGUCAGCCUCCAACAUGUUGAAGAUGGUUUCCUCUUGGUGGUCCGGUGACUCAGACAGCUCUGACAUGGAGGUUCACAAAAUCCGCAUCCGAGCCGGUGAGACCCAACAAAAGAUGGUGUUCUGUGUAAAAGACCCUGAAAAUCUGAACUUAACACAAGAGGUCACAUUUGUUAAAUGUAAAGAUGUGUGGAGGAUGAACUCAAAACGCACUCCAAAAAGAGUAACUCUGGCGAACCACUGACAUUGAAGAAAAGACUCCACUGUUGAACGCCCUUUGGUCCAUUUCAGCACUUAGUAAAUUAUUUAUACACUUGUAACUUAUUUUAUUUCUCAAAUUACACAAACCUCUCACCACCUUGUAUAUAUCCAACUCAAGUAUAUGUUAUUUAAAACCAAUGUUUAUGUGAAUACUGUAAAACAUUUUGGAAAGAGCUGUUUUUAUGUCACGUACAAAAAGUAAAUGACGUCGUCUUGGUGCUUCUUUUGUGUCCAAAGAGAUGGAUACAAAGUCACUCCAGUGGUAUGACUGACUGGAUUUACCUUUAGUAGUUGUGGAGGUACUGUCCUCUUGGUGUCCAUGGAGGUCUGCACUGCUGCCACUUCUUAAACAAGGGAAAACAACUGUUAGGAUGAAUUUCUUAAGGUGUUUUAUGCGAUAGGGUACACUUUAUUUACCUGAUGUAUUGACUAUGUAUGUAUUAACUAAUGCAUAACCUAACAGAGCAUUCACCACUGUGGCUCUCAGCACUGUAGGUGACUGUGGGACCUGUAUCAGUGUGCCUUACUGUAAACAGUCACCAGAAGUAAGCUGUUGCCAAUCGAACUGGUCUUAACUUAAUGCUUUGUUGCUGUUGUGCACCUCAGUUUGCUCUAUUGUUUUAUGAACUUUGUGACUUUUAUUGAAAAAUCUGAACAUGCAACAUGUUACUUUAAUGCUUUUACCUAAAAGAAUUGCCUGACAUUUUGUCUACCAUGGUUCUUACUAAAGUGGCAAAAUGUUAUGAGGUAUGUGAUGCUUGGUGUGAGGUAGAAAGCAUAAUUUAAUAUCAAAAUCGUUUGUUGUAUGGUCUGUCAGGACUGCAAUUUCUUCUGUGCAUUUGACAUUUUCAAUCUUGACUAAUGCUCUUUUAUUACAUAGUUACAUUUCCACUUCUGUGAGCAAUGUCUAAACCUUGGCUCUUUAGAGAUCGGUACUGUAAUCAUUGUGACUUUGUUUCCACCUACUUCAAAAAUGUGGAAAUGUUUUUACUUUUGCACUGAAAACAGGGGAAGCGAUUGCUAAACCAAUUUACUUGUAUAGUUAUGUAAAUACCAUGUAGUAUGGAACACUGUUGAUUGUAUAUUUUUUAUCUCUGGAUGAAUUUACCUCUGAAUUUAAUCUGUAAAAUGUGCAUUUCUGUAAUCAUUUGUACAUAUUUGUAAAUAUUCACUAUACUGGAUACAUUCUUAAGAGGUCAGCCUGAGCCUGACAUUUAUUUUAAUGUUGUGACAGUGAAAAAUGUAUCCUCAACUUACUCAAUCAUAAAUGUUUCAUCGUUAUCACCCA